GCAAUAUUAAAGGGAAAGGAUAGAUGGCACUGAUGCUCGCGGACUAUAUCAUUCUUUGAGCAUCAUGAAGUAGAUGAAGAUCUUUUACAUAUGUUGAAGAAUUGAGACAUAUUUAUUUAUUCUUCAACCACGUUGAGGUUGAGUUUUGGCUUCUCAUCUAACGGCUAUGUAUGGCUAUGACCGAUAGUACAAACAAAAUACCAGUAUAUAUAACACUGCUCAAUCCCAGUCGUGAAAAUCUUGUUGUAGACCUAAUCCUCGAACCACUACCACGCUAAACUUUUAAGUAACCCUUUUUUUAACAUCUAGUACACUUUCUUCACCUAGAGCUUUGUGGUAAAUAAACACAAAAGCAAAACGAGAAAAUGGGUAUAAAAGGUUUGAUGCCGUUUAUUAGGGAGAACGCUCCCAAAGCAGUGACGGAGACUUCGCAGGCCAACUACAAUGGUCGCGUCUUGGCUAUUGAUGCGAGUACCUGCCUGUAUCAGUUCAUGGUCGCCAUUCGAACUGGCACAGGGUCAGACUACCAAAGUCUGACUAACGAACGCGGCGAAACGACCUCGCAUCUUGCCGGUUUCAUGAGCCGAACACUAAAAUUGCUGGAAGCCGGUGCAAAGCCAGUCUACGUUUUCGAUGGAAAGCCCCCGAGUACUCUACUGCUCCAAUUAAGUAGACAAGUAUUUUUUCUGAUUCAGGUGCAGACGGAGAAGAAGAAGAUAUUAUCAUCCCAAAGAAAAAUGACGUCUCAACCUACCUUAUCAAGACUUGGUAACUAUAUGUAUAAGUAACGAAGCAUCACCUUCAAGGACAAUAGACGUCGAUCAUUGUCAUUUCUUCACCCACAACAUCAACAGGUCUGAAGAGCGGUGAGUUGGCGAACCGAAAGGCUCGCAAAGAACAGGCGAUUGAGGAUUACGAGAAAGCUAAGGAGGACGGCGAUGCAGAGAAGAUGCAGAAGAUGGCGGAUCGGUCGGUCUCGGUCACCAAGGACAUGCAGGAAGCAACGAAGAAGCUCCUUCGGAUGAUGGCCAUCCCUGUGAUCGAAGCACCAUGCGAAGCUGAGGCCACAUGCGCGCACUUCUCGAAGACCGGUGUGGCUUUUGCAGCAGCGACAGAAGAUGCGGAUGCACUCUGCUUCGGUGCCUCGAAACUCAUUCGAAACCUCUUCACUAUGUUAGCUUGUUGAUCGUGAUAACAAUCAUUUUUCCAUGUUGCAAGACCACCACGAUGACGAUGUUGAACUGAUGCAAAUAUUAACACGCAUGAUGUAAAUCUAAAUGUACUCGUAGUACCAUGUAGUUACAUUCACAACGAGGACAAUGACAAUAAUUAGGUUUAAGAUUGGAGUUGCGUGUGGUCCUAAUAAUGUCAUUGUCAUCCUCUAACUCCUCAACGGACCCGAAGAAGCGACCGACGUUGGAGGUUGAUCUGGCGCGCCUGCUGGAGCAACUGGACAUUGACAUGGACAAGUUCAUCGACUUCUGUAUUCUCAGUGGUUCCGAUUACACCGACACGAUUCAGAAAGUCGGAAGCAUCACCGCAUUCCAGCUGAUCAAGAACCACAAGGACAUCGAAACCGUGCUGGCCCAAGCGGUCGACAAAGCGCGGGUGCCAGAAAACUUUCCCUAUCAGGAGGCUCGCGAACUCUUCAAGAGGCACGAGGUGACUGACGUGAAUGCAGUAGAUGCGGCAACGGGCAAGAAGAAGUGUGAUUUCAAGGAUUACUUCGCGAAGAAGCCGAAACCAGAUACCGCUGGUCUGCUCAAAUUUCUCGUCGAGGAAAACCAAUUUAGCGAGGAACGAGUCAAGAAACAAGUUGAAAAACUGGAAAAUUAUGAAGAAUAUCGAAAUCGAAAAUCUAAUUGAAAGAAUACCGAAAAUCUUAGAUUUUAAAUCCAAGUGAAAGAUGCUUGUCAAGUAGAGAGAGAUGUUUCAGUUUCGUCUUGCCGAUGUUAACGUACGGCCAUUUGAGACGCAAUAAUGUUGUGAGACAAAAUUGAAAAUUAUUUUUCACGACCACUGGUAGGUUCUGGUUCUCGUUCUCGUCUGAGCAUUGAUUGUACUAAUAUUCUGAUUUACUUCGCUACGGCAGCUAGUGUCUUUUUCUCUUUUCAUAAACAAAGCCCCUUCCUCUAAUGUCAGCUACUGAGCCAGGGCAUGCAGGUGAGCUUUGAAUCCUUCUUCACGCUUGAGGCGCCGGCCAUUGCGUCAAAGGACAAGUUCAAUCCGUUUAAAAGCAAGGACGGAAAGAAAAGGCGGGACGUGACCGCAAAUCUAAGCAAGGCAGCGGCCCCGGGUGGCGCAGCCAAGAAGCGAAAGGGCGCUUUGACUGCAGAUAAGAUCGAGAAAAAAGAGCAAGAAGACAAGGAAAACAACUCAUCGAAUGCAGCAGCUUUGCCGAGUGCACUCGGCUGAAGAAGAUUCUGACCAGAGAACAAUUAAUUUUAGACAAAGGAAAAGAGGAAGAGCAACACGCCUCAUGCUCAAGUAUACCGUUGUUCACUGUUCUUGUGGUGGUUGUAAAAGCAUCGAGGUAAGAGAAGUUGUGCUAUCUCGUUUUCAACAAGUGCAAGAAGGUCCAUUGAAUACAAGAUGACAACAUGAUUAUGGAUGCGAAGUGUAAGAGAAACGAAUCUCUUACACCUUAUACCAUAGGAAAGCGUGAUCACGCGACUCCCCACCUUCACGAGAUUCUCCAGAAGUAAGAAUGAUCUUUACAAAAACCCUUCCUCUUCGACGCAGGAUUACUCUUGUUACCUCAAAAAAAAUGUUCUCCCUCAACAGCAGCGGGG